AUGCCUUCGCGUGGAGCUCUGGCGCUGCGGACAGCUGCUGUGUUGCUCUUGGCUCUGCAGACCGCGCACUCCAGACCUCUGGUGAGGAACGUGAAGGACCACAACGAGUACAAGAAGCUCUUGAAACAUCACGCGGAGGUCACUGGCCUCCCUGUGAUUGUCGACUUCUACAGUGAUGGUUGUGGACCCUGCCGGAUGGUAGCGCCGGUCUUCAAGCAGAUGGCGGAGCAGUACAAGGACAAGGCGGUGUUCGCUAAGGUCGACAUCAACAGGAACUACCAGACGGCCUCUGCAGAGCAGAUCCGGAGCAUGCCGACCUUCAAGCUCUUCCUCUUCGGGAAGAAGCGCGACGAGUUUUCCGGAGCGGACACGCAGAGGUUGAACACCAUGACGCAGCAGCUGAUCCGUGAGUCCGAAGCUAAGAACAUCGAGGUCACGUUCGAGGCGCUCAAGUCCUUCUACCAGGAGCAUGCGCCCGAGAAGAUGAUGGAGAUGGACGACAAGAAGCUCCAGGACAUCCUGGACAAGGCCGGCAAGGGAGGAGGGCCAGGGCAUUACGGUCUUGUCAAGGCUCUCAAGCAAAAGUACAAGGGGAAGGCCCCCAAGACUCGUCCUCGAGCCGUCCCCAAGCAAGAGACGGCCGCGGAGAAGCCUGCGAGCCCUCCGUCUCCCCGAGGAGGAGCGAGCAAGCAAGAGGCCAACAAGCCCAAUCUUCACCUAGCCACGGUGGAGCAGCUUGAGAAGGAGUUGUCUAAGAGGAGAGAGGAGGAGGCAGCGAAGAAAGCUGAGGCAGAGGAGGACGAUGACGACACUCCUUCCUUCCCUAUCUACGACCGCAAGAACAGAAGCGACGUUGAGAACGUCGUCAUCAUCGGCUCAGGACCAGCGGGUCUGUCUGCUGCCAUCUACGCGUCACGAGCAGGCCUAAAGCCUGUGCUCGUGGCUCCUCCGAUGGGCGGGCAGCUGCAAGGGAAGGGAGUCGGAGUUGAGAACUACCCCGGAGUCAACGACACGACUGGACCGAACCUAGUGCACGGCAUGCAGGAGCAGGCAGCUCACUUCGGGACGGUCUUCCUGCAGGAGCUGGUGGUAUCCGUCGACCUCUCCUCCCGUCCAUUCCGCGUGCGGACCAACGAGACUGAAGUGAAGGCAAACGCGAUGAUCAUGGCGACUGGCGCCGACUCGAGGUGGCUUGGGGUGCCAGGGGAGUACGAGCACAGGGGAGGAGGAGUGUCUUCAUGCGCCACGUGCGAUGGCUUCUUGUUCGCAGAUCAGGAUGUAGUGGUAAUCGGUGGAGGCGAUACCGCCAUGGAGGACGCGCUGGUGCUCGCAAGGACCUCGAAGACUGUCACUGUCAUCCAUCGCCGAGACAAGUUCCGAGCAUCCAAGGUGCUUGCCGAGCGGGUGUUGUCGCAUGAAAAGAUCAAGGUUGUGUGGGACACCGAAGUCAUCGAAUUCAUCGGCAAGAGAGUUCGCAAGUCGAUCUUGUCCAAGGUGAAGAAAUGGGAAGUGGAAGCUUCGCGAUUGACAAGCGAGCAGAUCAAGAUGAAGAACAAGAAGACUGGAGAAGAGUCCCUGUUCCCUUGCACUGCUGCCUUUGUGGCCAUUGGACACGAUCCAAACACCAAGUUUGUUCAAGGGCAGGUUGACAUGGACUCCAACGGUUACAUCAAAGUGGUUGCGGGCAGCACGCGGACGAGCGUGGAGGGCUUGUUUGCAGCUGGGGAUGUAGCUGACCACGUCUAUCGUCAGGCUGUGACGUCAGCAGGAACAGGAGCCAUGGCCGCGCUGGACGCCGAGCGGUGGCUGAGCGAGCAAGGAUUCUGCAGUGCAGCAGCAGCAGCAGCAUGA